GGACUCGCGUCGCCGCCUCAGCGGGUACGUCCAGGAUGUGAAGAGCCGCCCGGGCGCCUGCACCCCGCCGCCGCCGCCCGUCCGCCCCCUCGGGUCGGAGCCUCACCGGUGCCCAGCCCUGCCCUGAGCCAGUAUGACCGAGGUGAAGGCCAAGGAACCCAGAGCGCCUCCGCCCGCCAGAGACGGGGCGGUCCUGCUGCAGGGCCAGCCUGGCCGAGACCCCUUCCGCAGGGAAGCAGAGGCCAUCGACAUCUCCCUAGACGGGCUGCUCUACCCCAAGACCAGCGACGAGGAGGACGAGGACGAGGAGGAGGACGAAGAGGAGGAGGAAGAGCCGCAGCAGCAGCCGGGGGAGGAGGAGCAGGGCUCCCUUUCGUACCGACCGGGGAGCGGCUCCCUCACGGACAAGGACUCCCUGGACACCGUCCUGGACACCUUCCUGGCGCCCGCGGCUCAUGCCAGCUCCGCUGUGGCAGCGGCGCCCUGGUCCUUCUUCGGGGCGGAGGCCGCGGAGGCGCCCGGCGCCCCGAUGAGCCGCGGCCCCUCGCAGAAGGCGGGAGAAGCCGUCCCGGGGGCGCCGGGCCCCUCGCAGCCCCCGCCGAGGCCCGCCCCACACUGGCCGGCCGGCGACGUCCUGACCGCGGCCGCUAAAGCACGGCCGGCGGGAGUGGGGUGCGGCACGGAAGGUCCGGCCGUGGAGCCCAAGGGCGAUGCCCUCGCGCUGGCGGCGCUGCCCGGCGGGGCGCGGCCGGAGGCGGGGGCGGCGGACCCGGGCCAGGAGUACCUGCACGUGCCGCUGCUGCCCCUCAACUCGGCCUACCUGGCCUCGCGCACGCGGCAGCUGCUGGACGUGGCCGAGUACGAGGGCGGCGGCGGCGCGGGGCCGCGCGCUUCGCCCUCCGCCCCGGACCUGGCGGGCUACGGCUACCCGCCGCCGGACGCCAAGGACGGGCCCUUCACCUACGGUGAUUUCCAGCCCGCGCUGAAGAUCAAGGAGGAGAGUCUCGGCCUCGCCGCCCCGUACCCGGGCGGCAGGGCCUCCUCCGCGGCGGGCUGCGUCGACUACCCGCCGCCCGUUCGGGCCGCGCAGGAGCCUUCGCUGGACUGCGUCCUCUACAAGACAGAGCCCACCCUCCUGGCCGGGGCCUACGGGCCGCCGGCGCCGCCCGACAGCCUGCCCUCCACCUCGUCCGCGCCGCCGGGCCUCUACCCGCCCCUGGGUCUCAACGGGCACCAGCCCCUGGGCUUCCCGGCGGCCGUGCUGAAGGAGGGUUUGCCCCAGCUCUGCCCGCCCUACCUCGGCUACGUUCGACCAGAUACAGAAACCAGCCAAAGUUCUCAAUACAGUUUUGAUUCGCUACCCCAGAAGAUUUGUCUAAUUUGCGGUGAUGAGGCUUCUGGUUGCCACUACGGAGUACUUACCUGUGGAAGUUGUAAAGUCUUCUUUAAAAGGGCAAUGGAAGGACAACACAACUAUUUAUGUGCUGGAAGAAACGACUGCAUAGUCGAUAAAAUUCGUAGGAAGAACUGUCCAGCGUGUCGCUUGAGGAAAUGCUGUCAAGCUGGUAUGGUCCUGGGAGGUCGAAAAUUCAAAAAGUUUAACAAAAUUAAGGUUGUGAGAACAUUAGAUGUCGCACUCCAGCAGCCAGCAACCCUUCAAGAUGAAAGCCAGACUCUAAGCCAAAGGCUGUCCUUUUCUCCAAAUCAAGAAAUCCAGUUUGUUCCCCCAAUGAUAAGUGUUUUACGAGGCAUUGAGCCAGAAGUAGUCUAUGCUGGUUAUGACAACACAAAACCUGAAACACCAAGUUCCUUGCUGACCAGUCUAAAUCAUCUCUGUGAGAGGCAACUUCUCUGUGUGGUCAAGUGGUCUAAAUUGCUACCAGGGUUUCGGAAUUUACAUAUUGAUGAUCAGAUAACGCUCAUCCAGUAUUCCUGGAUGAGUCUCAUGGUUUUUGCAAUGGGAUGGAGGUCCUACAAACAUGUCAGUGGUCAGAUGUUAUAUUUUGCACCAGAUCUGAUUCUAAAUGAACAGAGGAUGAAAGAAUCAUCGUUCUAUUCCCUGUGUCUGUCCAUGUGGCAACUCCCACAGGAAUUUGUCAGGCUUCAAGUUAGCCAAGAAGAGUUCCUAUGUAUGAAAGCACUGUUACUUCUCAACACAAUUCCUUUGGAAGGUCUAAAAAGUCAAAGCCAGUUUGACGAGAUGAGGACGAGUUACAUUAGAGAGCUGGUGAAGGCGAUUGGUCUGCGGCAGAAAGGUGUUGUGGCCAACUCACAGCGCUUCUAUCAACUUACAAAGCUGAUGGAUUCCAUGCACGAUCUAGUGAAACAGCUCCAUCUCUUCUGUCUGAACACAUUUCUCCAGUCCCGAGCACUGAGUGUUGAAUUCCCUGAGAUGAUGUCAGAGGUGAUUGCUGCCCAGCUACCCAAGAUUCUGGCAGGGAUGGUGAAACCUCUUCUCUUUCACAAAAAGUGAAAUGCCUUUUCUCUUAUCACAGAGAUGAUUUCUGGGUCAUUUUUUGUUUGUUUGUUUAUUUUGUUCAAAAUUUUGCAACGUCAGGACUUCAGUAUAUUUGUCACACUUUACCUGCCUUCUGCUUUAUACUUGUACCAUACACAAGCCAUUUCAGCUUGAUGUACAUAUUGUGAGUUUCUGAUUCCUUAACUGCAGAAAUCACAACAGUCGUAGGAAAUGUUUUGUGAACUCAGCUAGGUUGCUCUUUAGAUAUGCGUAAGGAUGACAAUGAAUAGAGUUUUCAGAUUUGUAAGAACAGUUAUCUUAGACAUUUUUCUUACAUAUUACACACUCUCAAAUUUCUGAUAUGAAUAUGGUGUAAACUUUCUACUUCAGUCCAUUGUAUGCACGGGUACAUAUAGGUGUGUGCAGAAUGCAAGAUUUUGGAGGAAUUAAAAGAAACAUUGCCCACGUUUUCUCAUGGAUAUCUUACUUUUUUUUUAACUAAUCUGCCUUGCAGAAGUAUCCUUUCAAAGUCAGCUGUCUGGGAUUAAGUACACAUCCCUUCAAUACCUUCAUGAGUAACUGAAGUGCCGGGCACAAAGUACCCGUUCCUGUUCUUGGCUGUGCUCAUACUGCAUUCAGCGUACUGCUUUCUGCCCCAGUCUGUGCAGCUCUCCUUCACAAACUGGAAAGCUUAGGAAGAUUUCAGUGCAUAUUACACCAGAAGUAAUGUGUAUGCAAACCCACUCAACUUUGGUUUGUGUUAUUUUCCUUAAAAGUUCUGCACUUACUAAAGCUAAAUCACUUAGCUGUAAUCUUUGAUUCAUCAACUUAAACUCCAUACUUCACAAGCUUUAAGUAGAGAUGUUUUCACUGACUACAACUCUGAAUAAUCUUAAUGUUUUGAAUUCCGAUGCUGAAUACUCAAACAGCCAUUAACAUCAAAUUAUAGUGAGAUUAACUGCAAAGAGAAACGGAAAAUAUGACUACAAGCAUUUUACACAUCAGGCUCAUUUCAGUACGAUUAUUGAAGCUACACAUUUCGUAUUUUAAAGGCAUGCCAUUAUCAUCGGGGUAACUAAAAGAAGUAUUGGACUACAUUAGCUUGAUAGAUUCAAGAAGAGGGCAUGUUUUAACAUGGAAAUGCAUAUUUGACUUAAAAAUUAUUCUGUGAUGUGUUUGUUCCUUUGAUAUGGAUAUGAAGCAACUCAUGCAUUGAAGGCCACAAAUUGUUGAUAGCUUCAAACAAUAGAGAAGCAGAUAAAGCCCAAGCAGAAUUUAUCAGCCUAUUAAAAUACGACAAAUUUUGCCAGUCACUAAACUGCUGCUCAGAUUCUCUAACAAUGUAGGAAAUGGUGAGUCUGUCUUGGGUACUUGCUGGCUGUUAGCUUUUGCUCGUUGCUGUUACAUGUUGGCCUCAGCCAUUGGGUCCGUUGCCCUGCUGAUGGGGUGCACUGACAAGCCCUUCUCAUACACACAAAGGCCUGUGGAGCAGCAGCUCAGUGUCCCUCAUUAAAUCAGGGUACCCCUCAUUGAAAGUAUAAGUGAUCACAGAAUUCCAGAGUCCCAGAAUGGUAGGGGUUGGAAGGGACCUCCAGAGAUCAUCCAGUCCAAUCCCCUGCUAAAUCUGGUCCACCUAGAUCAGGUCAUACAGGAAGAGCGGGUUUGAAAACCUCCUGAGAAAGACACUCCACACCCUACGAGGGCAGCCUGUGCCAGUGCUUGAUGUGGCUUGUUCAUAAAGGUUGUGUCCUGAAUUUUGAGAAAAUGCAGACAGCUAACAACUAAAUCUAAAGAUAUUCUAAUUGUCAUUUCCUAAAGCCAGUGAUGAAGCAGCUACAUCAUAGAAUCAUAGAAUGGUAGGGGUUGGAAAGGAAACAUUAGGGGAUACAAAGUUUUUGAGAUUCCCACAUAGUAAUACAAAACCUGCAAAGAUGCAGCCCCGGAUUAAAUGGUAUAAGCAAAUUGUUGUGUCAGUUGACUAGCUCUGUCAUGUCUAACUGCCCAGAGACAAUUUCUUUCAUAUUCAAUACAGUCUGAUAUUAACCGUGAUCCUUAAAGCAAUUAUGUUUCAAUAAAUAACACAAAAUUCUGCA